CCUGCUCGUCUCAGAUCAGCUCGAUUGGCAGCAAUGGCGACUGUAUCAGUCUGUUCCCGUCUUGGCCUUCUCAGAAGAUUAGGGGUAACUGCUGGAAGAUGCACAACGGCAUUUCAACGACAUUCGUCUACAAACAUAGACGAGUUCGAUGAAUUCCAGCUCAAAUAUUUAGAUGGCGACAACACGGGAAUUGCUGUAUUUUCAAUGAACAGACCAGAAAGGAAAAAUGCACUUGGCAGAAAAUUCCUGUUUCAGUUCACAGAAUGCAUGAAGAAAGUCAAGUUUGACAAGAGCAUCCGAGUUGUAAUCCUCCGAAGUUUGGUGCCUGGUGUUUUCUGUGCUGGUGCUGAUCUGAAGGAGCGUGCUCAGAUGACUGAUGCAGAGACAGGACCCUUUGUAGCUGGUUUGCGAGCCUCCGUCAAUGAUAUGGACAACCUUCCAAUGCCGACAAUUGCAGCCAUAGAUGGAGUAGCCCUGGGAGGUGGUACAGAGGUGUCCCUAGCUUGUGACCUCCGCGUCGCUUCCACCUCAGCUAAGCUGGGUCUGGUGGAGACAAGACUAGCUAUCAUUCCAGGGGGAGGUGGUACACAGAGACUGCCGAGGAUCAUCAAUCCAGCCGUGGCACGGGAACUCAUGUAUACAGCUCGCAUCGUGGAUGGCAAGGAGGCCGAGCGAAUCGGUCUGGUCAACCACUGUGUGGAACAGAAUGAGAAUGCAGAUGCUGGGUACCAAAGGGCACUUAAACUGGCUCAGGAAAUAUUACCACAGGGACCAGUAGCAUUACGUAUGGCCAAAAUGGCGAUCAGUCGCGGCACUGAGGUUGAUCUCCACAGCGCUCUGUACUUUGAAGAAGCAGGAUAUUCACAGGUGAUACCUACAAAGGACCGACGGGAGGCCAUGAAAGCCUUCAUAGAGAAGAGGAAGCCAAAGUUUGAAGGCCAUUAGACUCGGUUUAAUCUACUCCAGAUUGUUGAUGUUUAUACUCUAGAUAAAGAGGUGUACAGCAUCUUAGUGAAUAAGUAUGAUUUUCCUCUACAUCAGAACAAGGAGCGAAGUGUGUCUGUUCUCGAUGGCCAAAGUGUGUGACUAUAUUUUUGCUUGUAACAUUGUUUGAAUGAGUGUGGAAUCAAUGUAUGGAAAUAAGAAUGUUUAACAAUCAAUGACAGCCCAUUAUGAUGAUUAUGAAGUGCUUUAAAUUUUUCAAUAUUUUUCAAAGUCAGUGUUCCAGGUUGACAAGUUAACGAUGACUACUGAAUAUUAUGAAUGGUUGCUAAACAAGCAAUAAUGAGAAUGGUUGAGAUUUAAUUGCGAUAUUUGUAGGAUUUAAUUAUGAGUAUAUAAUGAUUUUAUCCUGAAAUUUUGAUAUUAACAUGAUUUACCUGGCAAUCUGAUUUCAACUGAACUUGAAAAUUGUCAAAUCUUAUUUCAAACUAAUACAGUUAUGAAAUGAUUUUUGAAAUGUAUUUUCUUUAAUAUAUUGAAAUGUAUAGUAUUGCAAAGUAUUUGGCACAAAUUAAUUUAACUCUUAGUCUAAAUUUGUACAUCAAAAUGUCACUGCCAGAUUUUUCAGUUCGUUGUAAGUAUGGAAAUAAUAUCUAUAUAUCAAUAGCAUUUAUCAUUCCAGAGGCCCGUAAAUUUUUAUUUGGUCUACAUGUAGCUGCCGUCUUUUGUAUGUGCUAUGGAAUAAGUGUAUAAACUAUUUAGACUGUGAUAUACAUGUAUGAAAAGAACAAAUAAAAAUAUGUCAAUUUCUA